AUGCAAAAUCUACCUUAUCCCCAUGCUCUAUCAAAGAAAAAUGAUGAUAGGCAUUAUGCUAAGUUCUUGGAUAUUUUUAGUCGAUUGCAAAUAAAUAUUCCAUUUUCUGAGGUGUUAGAGCAAAUGCCUACUUAUGCAAAAUUCAUCAAGGAUAUUAUUACAAAGAAGAGGAGAUUUUCGGAUAAAGAAGUCGGCACUGUUAACUCGUGUUAUAGUGUGAUAAUUCAAAGAACUCUACCGAAAACAGAAAGUGAUCCGGGAAAAGUUACUCUACCGGUGACAAUUGGAAAUGUUUAUGUCGGUAAGGGGUUGAUCGAUUUGGGUUCUAGAAUUAACUUGAUUCCGUUGUCUCUUGUGAAAACAUUAGGAAACAUUGAGUUAAAAGCAACAAGGAUGACUUUGAAAUUAGCCGACAAGUCCACCACUCAUCCUCAUGGGAUUGCGGAAGAUUUGUUAGUUAAGGUUGAUAAGUUCAUUUUCCCGGUCGACUUUGUUGUAAUUGAUAUGGAGGAGGAUUAUGAUACACCUUUAAUUCUUGGAAGACCUUUCAUGAAAACUUCUCAGAUGAUGAUCGAUAUCGAUGACGGUCUAAUGAAACUGAGAGUUCUAGAUGAAGAAGUGUGUUUUAAUAUUUUUGAAGCAAUGAAGCAUUAG